AUGAGAAACCAAACAGCAACAACGGAGUUCAUCCUCCUGGGACUUUCAGAUGACCCAAACCUUCAGAUUGUGAUUUUCAUCUUUCUGUUCAUCACCUACGUGCUCAGCAUCACAGGGAACUUGACCAUUGUCACUCUUACCCUGUCAGAUGCACACCUCCAAACCCCUAUGUAUUUUUUCCUCAGGAAUUUCUCCUUAUUGGAAGUCUCAUUCACAACUGUUUGUAUACCCAAGUUCCUGCACACCAUUAUCACAGGAGAUAAAACUAUUUCCUUCAAUGAUUGCAUUGCUCAGUUAUUUUUUUUAAUUCUCUUGGGGGUCGCUGAGUUUUACCUUCUGGCUGUCAUGUCCUAUGAUCGGUAUGUGGCCAUCUGCAAACCCCUGCAUUACGGGACCAUCAUGAAUCGCAGAGUCUGUACACUGCUGGUCUUCUCUUCAUGGCUGACUUCAUUCUUAAUCAUAUUCCCUGCACUCUUGUUGGUCUUAAAACUUGACUACUGUAGUUCUAAUAUCAUUGACCAUUUUACCUGUGAUUAUUUCCCCCUUCUGCAACUUUCUUGUUCUGAUACAAAAUUCCUAGAGUUGAUGGGGUUUUCCUGUGCUGUGUUUACCUUAAUGUUCACUUUGACUUUAAUAAUUCUGUCUUACGUAUCUAUCAUCAGAACAAUUUUGAGAAUCCCUUCUAGGAGUCAGAGGACAAAGGCCUUUUCCACAUGUUCUUCCCACAUGAUUGUCAUCUCCAUCUCUUUCGGUAGCUGCAUUUUCAUGUACAUUAAACCUUCAGCCAAAGACAGAGUAUCCUUGAGCAAGGGUGUAGCUUUGCUAAAUACUUCAGUAGCUCCCAUGUUGAACCCCUUUAUUUACAGUCUAAGGAAUCAACAAGUCAAGCAAGCCUUCAUGGAAAUGGCAAGGAAGAUUGUAGUUUUUACAAGCAAAUGA